GUCUUGUUAUCUGGCUUCUGAAAAUAUUUGAAGAACUUGCAUUUCAGCGGCUGGUUUUGACAGCAAAAAUUGUCUAACAAACUAAUCAACACGUGACGUGACCCUCCAACAAACAUGGCCACCACGAUGCACUCAAAAAAGCGGGUUUGUUACUACUACGAUGGGGACAUUGGCAACUACUACUAUGGCCAGGGUCAUCCCAUGAAGCCCCAUCGAAUGCGGAUGACGCAUAAUCUGAUCCUCAAUUAUGGGCUGUACCGAAAGAUGGAAAUCUAUCGACCACACAAGGCAACACAGGAAGAGAUGACCAAGUACCACAGUGAUGACUACAUCCGCUUCCUGCGUAGCAUCCGGCCGGACAACAUGUCUGAAUACAACAAACAGAUGCAGAGAUUCAAUGUCGGCGAGGACUGCCCUGUUUUCGACGGCCUGUACGAAUUCUGCCAGCUGUCCACGGGUGGCUCUGUAGCUGGUGCAGUGAAACUGAACAAACAGGCGACAGACAUUGCGGUGAACUGGGCGGGUGGCCUCCACCACGCCAAGAAGUCUGAAGCAUCUGGCUUUUGCUACGUCAACGACAUCGUCCUGGCCAUCCUGGAGCUGCUCAAGUACCACCAGAGGGUGCUGUACAUAGAUGUUGACAUUCACCAUGGUGAUGGUGUAGAGGAGGCCUUCUACACGACAGACAGAGUGAUGACUUGCUCCUUCCACAAGUACGGGGAGUAUUUUCCCGGCACGGGCGAUCUCAGGGAUAUCGGAGCGGGCAAAGGCAAGUACUACGCCGUCAACUUUCCUCUCAGGGACGGCAUCGAUGACGAGUCGUACGAGAGCAUCUUCCAACCGCUCAUCUCGAAGGUGAUGGAGAUGUACCAGCCGAGCGCAGUGGUGCUUCAGUGCGGUGCCGAUUCCUUGUCGGGCGAUCGGCUGGGCUGCUUCAACCUGACUCUGAAGGGCCAUGGCAAGUGCGCCGAGUUUGUGCGCCGCUACAACCUGCCCCUGCUUCAACUGGGCGGAGGCGGCUACACUAUCCGCAACGUUGCGCGCUGCUGGACGUACGAGACGGCCGUCGCACUGGGCGUUGACAUUGCCAACGAGCUUCCCUACAACGACUACUUUGAGUACUUUGGCCCGGACUUCAAGCUGCACAUCAGUCCUUCCAACAUGGCCAAUCAGAACACUCCAGAGUACCUCGAAAAGAUCAGGACUCGGCUUUUUGAGAACCUCCGUAUGCUUCCUCACGCACCUGGUGUCCAGAUGCAACCCAUUCCUGAGGACGCCAUGGAUCAGGAGAGUGAAGACGAGGACAAGGUGAACCCGGACGAGCGAAUCAGCAUCCGGGCGUCGGAGAAGCGCGUUGCCUGCGACGAGGAGUUCUCCGACUCGGAGGACGAAGGCGAAGGUCGCCGCGACAACCGCUCACACCGACCCAAGAAGCACCGCAAGGGGCCUGCGCCCGGGUCGACGGGAGCGGCGACUCCCGGUGCCAACGCGGCUGCCACACCUGGCGGUGGAGCCGCGGUUGCCCCUUCGCCCACGGGCGGUGACGACGAGGCCCGGACGUCGCCUGCCGUGGACGUCAAGGCAGCCGUGCCUGCAGGUGGGGAUGGACCACAGGCGCUGAAGAAAGACGUUGAUGAUAAGGACGACAAGAAGAUGGACACCUCAACAUCGGAUAAAGAUGCAAAGCCAUGAAGAGGAGGGAAUGUUCCUUCCACUCACAUCUCAUGAAAGAAGAAGAGGGGGACACGAACAGGCAUCUCUUUUUUUAAUCGCACCUCCCCUCCUCAACAUCCGCAGCUGCCGAGAGGAUCAAAAACGGACUGCUCUCGGCGUGACUGUGCGAAUCCUGGCGAAGAAGAAGCCGUUUCCUCUUGCGCGGGAUUCACAGUAGCUAUAUUUAUCAGACUCUUCGGAAGAAGAAACAAAAGUAGUUUUUAUCGUCGCGUCACUCCCCCACCCCGUAAACCCCUUCCCCAAACACUGUUCCACCUCCCUCCCCCCCCACACUUGUGUCUGAACUUGUCGUCCCUCUCAUCGAAACACAUUUCUUCUCUCACUCAUGUUUUCUCAGUCUCACCAUGGUGGUGCAUUUCCAUGUGUACAAAGUGUUCAACUCGUCAUCUAAGAAGCACCCUCUGUUGAUACCUUGCUUCGUUAUGUAGACAUUUUCCUUUUUUUUUUUGUCUUCCUCAAGAGAGUGUUGUGAAUUUUAGAAACGGAGGUUCUUAAGAGCAAACGGGAAAAACCCCCAACGUGCACCGGUGGCUCUCAGAAGUGGCUGGCUACAAAAUUGGAGUCUCUGGCACGUUCGAGGGUUUCUUGGUCUCUCUUGUGCGAGUGAAUUUCAGUUGUGUCUGCCAUUAAUUAAAGAACUUUUGGGAUGGA